CUUCCUCUUCCUCCUGCCCCAUCCCUGCCCCUCACCAGCUCUUCCUGGCGGCCGGAGGUCUGCUCGGGUUGGGCUCAGCCACCCGGAACAUGUACCCGGCGCCCGCCGUCGGCCGCUCCCUGGGGAGACGGGUGCCGCUUCGCAGAGACUCGGGAAAGGUGACAGUCCACCGGGCCACUCUCGGGCUGCUGCGCUUCUCACACCUCCAUGAUGGUAUCCCGGAAGCAGCCGCGGUGCUGGAAGGAAACCGGGCCCGACCAUUACUUCCUGCCCUUGCGGGGCUGGAGAAACAUCACAGGCCGCGCGGAGAACAUUCUCCUCGCUAACACCACCUGAUCUAAUUCUUUCUUUCUUUCUUUCUUUCUUUCUUUCUUUCUUUCUUUCUUUCUUUCUUUCUUCCGUUCGGCUUAAUUCUCCUUCUGUUAAGUCUCAGGAGAAUUACUAUCACCUUCCCCCGCUGUGGCUCAUGUGGUAUGGUCCGGUUGCCAUGACGACAACGUGUACACCAUCGAUGGGAGCCGGAGGGGAGGAGGGAAGAUGGCCACUUUGGCCAGGCUGCAGAAGAGGCUGCCAGGUUUCAAGGAAGAAUAUUUCUCUAGGAACAGAUGCGUAGGUGAAUAUAGAAAAUCAGAAUAUUAUGCUGCUGUAAAAAUUCAGAGUUGGUUUCGAGGAUGCAAAGUCAGGGCAUAUAUCAGGUAUCUGAACAAAAUGAUGGUUUUUAUUCAGAAAUGUUGGCGUGGUUAUCAAGGAAGAAGAAAAUUCAGAGAAAUGAUGGAGACAGCAUAUUUUAUUAUGAAGAUGAAUUUCUACAAUGAAAUGGCUGUCAGGAUUCAAAAAAGGUGGCGAGGCUAUUAUGUCCGAAAAUAUAUCCAUAAUUAUUAUGCACUGAAGAAGUACCUGGAAGCUAUUGCUUUGAAUAAUGAGAUGGUCAGGAAAGAACUAGAAGAGUUUGCCGAGAUGAAGGAGAAAGAAGACCUGAAAAAAGCCCUCGAAAGGGAAAAAAGGAAAAAGGAUUACCUCGCCCGAAAGAUGCAUUACCUCCUUAGCACUAUGCAGAUUGCAGGUAUAUACAACUCACCCUACAGGAAAUCACCUGAUGCAAUGGAAUUGCAGUUAAAGAAAGCUAAGCCUUUGAGGCACAAAAAGAAACAAAUCCAGAAGGAUGCUGUGGAUCUCCACUGGCAAGCGUAUACAGAUUCCUUUGGCUUCCAAUCAGUGCCACCUCUUCCUCCUAUUGGGAGGCAAAAACCUCAGGGCCCCUUCCGUGAUACUAUUGAAGUGUUGCAGCAGCGCUUUAAGCCUUUGGAACCAUCUUUGCGGGUGGCAGCAUCGAACAUUUCAUUACAGCUUGCUAGAGAAAAAGUAAAACAAGAAGAAUGGAGAAACCGUUUACAUGAUGAUGUGUUUUUGCCAUUUUCUGGCCACGAACCCGAUCAGUAUGUCCCAUCAAUCCAAAGAGCAAGUAAAUAUGGUCAGUCAAGUUAUGGACUGAAACACUUCCGAGAAGAACACCCAGAGAAAUGGGUAACAAAUAAGGACUUCUUAACUGUGCUACCAUCGAUUCCUCUGUUUGGAAAGUUUGGCCAGAGCUAUUCCAGAGCUGGGACAAUAGUGUAAUUUCUCAACCUACCCAAUCUAUGAAGUUUUAAACACUUGUAAUAACGUUUUUUUGUGGAUUGUUUUGAAAAUGUGAAGCAAAAGUGUUGCUUAUUAUCACCAUGCACUACUUUAAGAUUUUUACCUGCAGACAAUCCUAAUAUGCAACCUAGUUUUGGAAUUUCUGCAAGAAUGGUUUGGAACAAUCAGCAAGUUAGACUGCAUCUGGUUGUAGCAAUUUUUGUGAAGGAUACUGGAAAACAUCCAUAGAAACAGAUCUCCAUCUUUCUUUUCCAUAUUCAGACUUUAAGUGUGUGAUAUUUCUAGUCAGUUUUCUCCAUAAACAAGCCUGGAAAUCAAAGGCAUUGGUGGAAUGAGCUUGAGAACUUGAAGAAGUAGGUCAAUUUACUUACUAAGGUAAGAGAUGUAGCCUUUAGCCUUUUUCUUCAGUGGAAUGA